AUGAAUUAUCAGAGGAAAUCAUAACAAUAUGUUAAAAUAAAAUGUGAGUUUCAGUUUCCUCAAAAGUUAAGAAUUAUUUUGCUGGUUAUAAUAAUGGUAAAUGUUUAAGAGAUGAAAUUUAUACAAUAAGAGGAUCAUUUUAUUUCGUAUGGUGUGGAAUAGGAUAUUCUAUAAAAUUAUAUCUAAUUGAAUUAAAUUCUUUAAAAAUCUAGCUUAUAAUAGAGUUAAUAGAUUUUAGAGGUUUCAAGUUUAUUUAAAAUUCUAAAAUACAGAAACUAAAAUUUAUGA